AAAAAUGGGAGGAGGUGUUGGAGGAGGAGAGGGCGGGGGGAAGAUAGGAGGGAGAGACUCCACGCAAAAGUCGUUUGUGGGAAGCCGGUUUUCGGUUUACCCUGCUUUUUAAUGCGAUUAAAGCGACUAUUAUAAACGCCUCCGGUUCGGGACAGAGAGCAGGACGGGAGGGGGGUGUCCGUCUCUGUGUAGCCGGAUGUCAGUCGUGCAUAAGCUAAAAUGGCAGAGUUAAGAUGGACGCGGCCUAUUUUAAGUACCCUUUGCUUCCCCGCACAGCGUUAUUAAGCUUGGAAAAGGUCUGAAAGCUUAAGGUGGUUGUGUCUCCCCUGCAAUCAGUCUCUAAGUUUAAAAGUAAUUUAAAAAUAUUUUUGUGUUGGGCCGUGGUUUACUUUGCGUUUAAACCAAUAAGUAAAAACAUGCAAAUACUUUACCGCUUAAAAAUAUUUGUCCAGCUAGCUUCCGGUUCCCAUGUUUCAAAACCUCAGGUUGUGCAUUUGAGUCCAAAUAAGGCGCUCCGAACAUUUAUAUUAAAGGGUGCCCGUAUUGGUUAAACCGAAGUCAAUGUAUAAGUGCUACUUCCAUGUGCACGCAUAAUCCCGAUUCCCGUUCGUAUUUUACAGUUUUUUUUUAUAUAAAUUUUUUUACAUAAUAAUGAUUACUUUUUAUAAUCGUUAUUUAUUAACUAUACAACAUCUGUGUGCAAUUGAAAGUGCAAUCAAAAGUAAAUUACUUGCAAGUUGCACUUACUAGUUAAUCGAUUUCUAACAUUUCUAUGAAUUAUACGCUUAGUGGUUAAACUGAAUGAUCUUCACUACCAAAAAGCCUUUAAUAAAUUUACGGAAUAUUAACAUAAUGUAAUAAUUAGUAGUAUUAGUAUGCCUCUGCAAACCUAAACGUAGGCAUUAAAACUGGAAAUGUGUAAUUGAUGUCUAUGUGAUGGUGUGUGUACAUUGCGUGGUUAGCAGCGAUAGGACUAUCGGUGGUAAAGUAUUUAUUAGUAUUUAGAGAAUGAUGUAAUUCAUUGACGUAAUUACACGUGCUAAUUGAAGAGUCUGUGCCUGAAAGUGUUAUAUCACUAAUACCCCACCAGUUACUACUGUAAGAUUUUGAAAACGCAUUUAGAAUAAGAAUGUUUUUUUUUUAAGUUGCAUUUUAAAAAAUCUACUAGAAAGUUUGAGGACAAGUAAAUGGAGAUAAUUUUGUAUCCUGGAAGGCUUUUUUAGUCACAGCAAAACAUUCUUAUAUUUCAACUUUGAUUUAUACCAAUUAAUAGGCCUAAAUACCAAUGUUAAACAAGCAGUGUUUUAAGCCAGAGUUGUCCUGAAGCCAUCACAGAUGUUUGGCAUGCUUUUCUUUAAAGAGCAUGAUGUCCUCCAUGACCUUUCAGCCCUGUACAUGUUUGAUUUUUCGUGGUAUCAUUGCUGUCAACUUCAGUCACAGUUUGAUUGCAGAGCUGGGGGCUGGAGCCUUACCAGUAGCUUUUUUUAUGGACAGUUGAUUGCUUGCCCUCCUAUCUGGAGAGCAAAACCCCAUUUGUCCGAAAAAAGGCCUGGAAACUUCUGUGAGACCAGCCAGGGGAGGUGUCACCACGUGCCGGAAGGAUGGAGAGCGUGGGGCUCCAGGCCGUAACUCUGAGCGACGGUUCGACGGCCUACAUCCAGCAGGCCAUCAAAGAUGGAAGCUUGGUAGAAGGCGAUACCAUCCAGCUCGAGGACGGCACCACGGCCUACAUCCAGCAGGUCACAGUACAGCAAAAAGACGUGCUGCCUUUCGAGGAUGGACAGGUGGUCCAGCUGGAAGAUGGCAGUACUGCCUACAUUCACCACACGCUGAAAGAGGGCUAUGACCCCAGUGCAGUGGAGGCAGUGCAGCUAGAGGAUGGCAGCACAGCCUACAUCCACCACCCGACAGUGCUGCAGUCAGGUCGCACUACCCAUGCCGUGCAGGUAGGGGGGGCUAUGGAGGAGCCUCUGGACCCCAAUACCAUUGCCACCCUGGAGCAGUAUGCUGGCAAGGAGGCAGACGACAGCAUUGGCAGUGAGCUUCAGAAGGUGGAUUCCAGAGUGGAGCAUACCACUGUGCAGGUGAUGAUUGAGGGAAAGGCCUGGGGCUCCACCAAGACCCAGCAAACACCCGAGAAGAGUUUCCGAUGUGACUACGAGGGCUGCGGACGCCUAUACACCACCGCACAUCACCUCAAGGUGCACGAGCGCGCUCACACGGGCGACAGGCCGUACCACUGCGACAUGCCCACCUGCGGCAAGGCCUUCGCCACCGGCUAUGGGCUCAAGAGCCACCUGCGCACGCACACGGGGGAGAAGCCGUACAAGUGUCCCGAGGACAUGUGCUACAAGGCCUUCAAGACGUCGGGGGACCUCCAGAAGCACGUACGCACACACACAGGCGAGAAGCCCUUUCGCUGUCCUUUUGAGGGCUGCGGCCGCUCCUUCACCACCUCCAACAUCCGCAAAGUGCACAUCCGCACGCACACGGGGGAGCGGCCCUACAUGUGUCCCGAGCCUGGCUGUGGGCGGGGCUUUGCCAGUGCCACCAACUACAAGAACCACAUGAGGAUCCACACGGGUGAGAAGCCGUACGUGUGCACGGUGCCCGGCUGUGGUAAGCGCUUCACUGAGUACUCCAGCCUGUACAAGCACCACGUGGUGCACACGCACUGCAAGCCUUACACCUGCAGCCACUGCGGUAAGACCUACCGGCAGACAUCCACACUGGCCAUGCACAAGCGCACCGCCCAUGGUGACUUCGACACCCCUGAAGAGGAGGGGGAAGCUCUGGAGCCACCUCUCAAACAGCCCCGGCUGGCUUUCCUGGAUGGAGGGGACACAAAGGAAGAGGCCUCCCAUGUCACCAUGAUGACCGGUGACUCCAUAAGCCCACAGGUGGCCCUCAUCACACAGGAAAGGGGUCAGCAGGUCAGCCUGUCCCACGAGGAGCUCCAGGUGCUGGGCACGGCGAUCACCAUGGUGACUCAGGACGGCACGACCAUCACGGUGCCCGCCCACCAGGAGGCGGUGGACGGCACAGGCCAGCACACGGUAGCCAUGGUUUCCGGGGACGGCAAGGAGCUGCAGCCGGUUGCCAUAGUGACAUCAGACAGCAUCAUGACUGGAGGCACUGGGAUGUCAGGCCCGAAUUACCAGCAGGUGGCGCUUUUGGCCACAGCUAACGGCACCCAAAUCGCUGUUCAGCUGGAGGACCAGCAGACCCUGGAGGAGGCCAUCAGCAUGGCCACUGCCGCCAUCCAGCAGGGGGGCAUGUCCCAGGAUACGGGGCCCUCCUAGGCAGAACCUGAGGCACCACUGAGAGGUUAGGGAGGGAGGAUCUAGAGGGGUUGGGGCAGGGCUGUUCCUCAGGAACCCACCAUCAGAACAUCUGUAGGCUUCAAACAUCUCCUCAUCUCUACCCACCACACUACCGCCUUGCCUCAGUCAGAACAACGCCCAACCUACCCUCCCAGUACUUUUAGCUUCGAACCGUAAACUUUUAAAGGUAAAAAGCUUUAAAAACAAAAAACAAUAAGCCGUUUUGGUGAAAGAGACCUGGAGAAGGGAAAUGUCCCCCACAACUGGCACCUUUCACCAGCCGUUUUCACAAGACGUCCACGUGCGAAGGGGCACCGGAGACUGACCAACAGCUUCCUUCCUCAGCCUGGGUUCGACGGUGAGCUUGUUUACUGAAGGCCCACACAGGUUUUAGCAGCUUCAGGGAUAAUCCGUUAUGGGUUAUGGAAGGUCAAAGUUCACCCUUUAGACAUCUGUAGUCUUCAUAAUAAUAUAUAUUCAUUCCCUGUUGAAAGUCCUAGUAAAGUUUUCCCAACAGCAUGUCUGACUGUUCCUGGAAAGGUUUUCAUACCAGAACUGUUGUAUCUCUUAUGUUCUUCAUCUUCAAACAUCAGAACCAGUAGAGAUACUGAUGAGUAUUGCGAACUGGUUGAGUCCUAAUGAGGUACAAGGUUUUGAACGGGCAUGGACUCGUAAUAAGCCCAAGCAUUUUUAAUUACGUGAUGCAAUGCAAUCCCAGACUGUUUGCUAUCAGUCUUCCAUCCUUGUGUUUAAGGAGCAGAGACUUUAAGUACGGGUGGUGUCAUCUAUCAAGAGGGACGUCACUCCACCCUUAAGGGCAGAAUCGGGGAAAUCAGUCUUACGUUUGACUACACAUCAUUUAAUACAUUACCAAACUUAUUACAAUGGUGUUGCACCAUUUAUAAAUGUGUAUCUUUUUUUAAAUCCAAAAAUAAAGCUGAAUAUUUAAGAGGACUGGAUGAUAUAUCUUGGUUGAAGUACACCUGUCGCAUUAAAAUUGUGAAUAGUUCAAGUA